AUGUGCUCGGUGGGGAGGCGCUGGGGCCGGCGGCAGCGAGUCCUGCUCUGGGGCAUCUUGCUGGUGGCCUGGGAGGCGGCGUGGGGGCAGCUGCGCUACUCGGUGCCCGAGGAGAUGCCCAAGGGCUCGUUCGUGGGCGACGUGGCCAAAGACCUGGGGAUGCAGCUGCCGGCGCUCCCAGACCGCGGUGUCCGAGUUGUCACUGAAGGUAGGACGCAGUAUUUUGCUCUGCACGAAAAGACGGGACAUUUAGUGACGGCCGAGAGGAUCGACAGAGAGCAGUUGUGCCGGCUGGUGGAGAAAUGCUUGCUGCGCUGUGAGCUGAUAGUGGAGGGGGAAAUGAAGUUUUAUGAAAUCGAAGUAGAAAUCAUGGAUAUUAACGACAACGCACCCAGCUUCAAAGAAAUCGAACUGGAAGAGAGGAUAAGCGAGACAACAGCCCCGGGAUUGCGGUUUCCUCUCCCAGAUGCUCACGAUCCAGACUCGGGACAGAAUUCCCUGCAGAGCUACGAGCUGAGCGGCGACGAGCACUUCUCGCUGGCCGUGCAGACGGGCCCCGGCGGGGAUCAGCGUCCCGAGCUGGUGCUGGCGAAGGCGCUGGACCGGGAGGAGGCGGCGUUCCACGAGCUGGUGCUGAGGGCGAGCGACGGCGGCGAUCCGGCCCGGACGGGCACGGCGCGGAUCCGCGUGACGGUGCUGGACGCGAACGACAACGCGCCCGUGUUCAGCCAGGCGGAGUACACGGUGCGUGUGCCGGAGGACGUGCCCGUGGGCUCCGUCCUCGUCACCGUCACGGCCACCGACGCUGAUGAGGGCUUGAAUGGGGACGUGAAAUAUUCGAUGAAGAAAGCCACGAACAUGGCAUCGGAUAUUUUCCAUCUGGAGUCUGAGACGGGAGCGAUCACGCUCGUGCAGAUCCUGGACUUUGAGGAAGGUGACUACUACGAACUGAAGGUUCAGGCCCGCGAUGGCGGUGGCCUUUUUGAUACGACAAAAGUCGCGAUCACUGUGACAGACAUAAACGAUAAUGUGCCCGAGAUCUCGGUGAGGUCUGUGCUGACUGAGAUUUCGGAGGACUCCCCGACGGGGACUGUUGUGGCCCUGCUGCACGUGCACGACCGAGACUCUGGGGCUAACGGCGAGGUGCGCUGCUCGCUCGAUGGGAGCCUCCCUUUCCGGCUGGAGAGCUCGCAGGGCAGCCACUACCGCGUGGUGACAGCGAGAGAGCUGGACCGCGAGCAGCAGUCGGAGUACAACGUGACGGUGCGGGCGGCCGACGGCGGGUGGCCGGCGCUGCAGAGCAGCACGGUGCUGGCGCUGCGGGUGCUGGACGUGAACGACAACGCGCCGGUGUUCGCGCAGGAGCGCUACAGCGCGCGGCUGCGGGAGAACAACGCGGCGGGCGCGCUGGUGCUGGUGGUGCGGGCGACGGACGCCGACUGGGGUGGGAACGCGCGCGUGCGGUACCGGCUGGCGGAGGGGCGGGUGCGGGGCGCGCCGCUGUCGUCGUACGUGUCGGUGCAGGCGGAGACGGGCGCGCUGUACGCGCUGCGCUCGUUCGACUACGAGCAGGUGCGCGAGGUGGGGCUGUGGGUGCGGGCGGAGGACGGCGGCUCGCCGGCGCUGAGCAGCAACGUGCUCGGCUUGGGGGCGGGGGCGGGCUCGGGCUGGGCGGGCGUGGAGCUGGCGCCGCGCUCGGGCGAGCCCGGCGCGCUGGUGGCCAAGGUGGUGGCGGUGGACGCGGACGCGGGGCAGAACGCGUGGCUGUCGUACGAGCUGGCCAAGGCCACGGAGCCGGGGCUGUUCCGCGUGGGGCUGCACAGCGGCGAGGUGCGCACGGCGCGCUCGCCGCUGGCCCGCGACGCGGCGCGCCACAGCCUGCUGGUGCUGGUCAAGGACCACGGCCGGCCGGCGCUGUCGGCCACGGCCACGCUCAGCCUGGUGCUGGCCGACAGCGUGGCCGAGCUGCUGGCCGAGCUGGGCAGCGCGGCGCACGCAGAGGCGGCGCCGGCCGAGCCGGCCGCCAGCCUGACGCGCUGGCUCGUGCUGGCCGUGGCCGCCGUCUCCUGCCUCUUCCUCGCCUUCCUGCUGCUGCUGCUGCAGCAGCAGCAGCAGCUGCUGGCCACGGCCGGCGCCGCCUUGCGCGGCGUGCCUGCCACGCACUUCGUGGGCAUCGACGGCGUCCGCGCCUUCCUGCACUCCUACUCGCACGACGUGUCUCUCACGGCCGACUCGCGCAAGAGCCACCUGCGCUUCUCGGCCGCCAGCUGCUGCGACACCCUGCCGGCCCGCCCGCCGCCCGACGAGCCCGCGCCGCUGCUCGGCGACGAGGAACCUACGGGCGACCGUCCCACCGACCCCGCCCCUCCGCCGAUCUUUGAUAGCCAUGUGAAGAGCUGUGAAGAGUCUGAGGAGAGUGUUGUGUGUGAGGAGGUGCUGAUGGAGACAUGA